UCCAGCCAAAUCAGCCUCACUAACACGGAGAAGCACGGGAGGCUCUUUCUUCUUCCAGUCUUGUCGGCCGUCUUCGUGUCUGGGGUCGCUCCCACUGAGAGAAUUCGACCUUAUUUUUGUCCCAUCAAAUCGCCCUGAUCCCAGUAUUCCUUCAGGGCAGUUUUAGCAUGUCAAACCCCGACGAUAAAGAUGAAAAUGGGUUGAGCAGGGCGGUCUUAGAGCCGCCGCCGCCUUAUGUCGAGGCCCCGGGAUCCUCGGACAUGAUUGCCAUUCCCCUUGGCGAUGAACCUCCACCUGAAUAUUCCGUGGCUGCCAAGUUGCCAUCCUAUGAGGAAUCCGAAAGAUCCACCACCGGAAAACCCGUGGUGCACAACUUGAACGAGCCGGCAUUAAAUCAGACAUCGGGUUCCUUGGCAUCAUCUUCGCGACGUUUGCCCUCUCGAACCCGGGGCUUGCCCCGAUUUACACUCUUGGCAGCAUUUCCUCAUCACGACCCAGAAGAUCCGAUUGGACGGGAAUUGGACGAGUUGGAGGGGGAUCACGCUCUCUUGGGCAAUGACUUGGUUUUCUUCACGGCGUUCCUCACCUCAUUUCUAUUCAAUUGGAUCGGAUUCCUACUUCUCAUGUGCUUUUGUCACACCGUGGCAGCCAGAUACGGAGCCUUGGCAGGAUUUGGAUUGUCGCUGACCAAAUGGACUAUGAUUGUGAAGCGGUCCACGGAGUUUGCCAAAUCCGACAAUUCGUGGUUGUGGUGGCUCAUCAUGGCAUUUGGCUUGCUCAUCUGCGUGCGAGCCAUCAUUCAAUACCUCCAAAUCAAGCGAUCUUGGUCAUCGUUGAGUUCACACGCUCGGGAAAGACUUUUGUUCUUUUAUUAGCCACUAGUCACUCGAAGUCGAAUUCGAACCGAUAUUGGAAGAUGGACAACAACGGCCCUGAAUACCAAUUCAAUAUCAUCCAUCAAUUUUGAGCACUUAGAGGUCUCACUUAGUCCAUGACUUGGAAGGAAAUUUUCCAAUUGUGAAUGGACGGACGGACACAUUCAAUUCAAACGUCUUAUUUUACCUAUUUAUCUAUCCCCUUCCCAAAGAAAAAAAAAACAUUCCAACCUCACGAAUCAAACUCUUAGCGUCAAUGUAAUUUGUUCGAUCUAUGGCCAAGUUCACCCGUUAUGUGCACCCUUGGCCUCCGUCACUGCUUAAAAUGGUCCCGAUGAAAUUCCAAACGAACCAUUGAAAUAGAGAGACACAUAUUUUGA